AAAAAUAUGUUAUUGAUUUUGCACCGUGCUUCAAUACGAACACCUAAAUAUAGUUUUAAAUCCUAAUAUUUCAGAAAACAGGUUGACAUCAGCGCCACAGGCGUCCAUAUGGACGCAGCCCAUUGGCUGGUCGAAGGCGUGACGCAAAACGCGGAAGUGCCGUCGCAGGAAGAAAAUGGCAGCUCGCAGGUGCAGCGCUUCGGUUGUGCUGCUGUUUCUUUGUGGUCUGUCUGUGUUCGUGGCUGCAAAUGAACAGAACACGACGCCGACCGGAGGCUAUCGCGCCGCCGAGGCCGACAGUCCACGGACACCCGCGGAAGCUGCGGGGCACCCUGCGGCGGAGGACGGACGGUGGGAAGCCACCGAGGUCGGAGACGCGGCUCCGGCGGAUGCCGAACCAGACGAACGUGACGCUUCUCGCCCCGGAACGACGGUACCGCAACCCAAAGAUGAUUUCCAGGAGGAGCUGGUCAUCAGGCCGCUGCACUCCGGAGACAUUUACGCCAGCUUCCAGUUCCGAACCCUGUGGGAAACUGAUUUCAUGAAGGGAAACAAAGUGUCCCAUUACCGGCUCUUCCCCAAAUCCGUGGGCCAGGUCAUUUCCAAGUUCUCGGUGCGGGAGCUUCACAUCUCCUUCACGCAGGGCUACUGGAGGACCAUGCAGUGGGGGCAGCCCUUCUUGCCCUCUCCCCCCGGGGCCGAACUCUGGGUGUGGUUCCAGGACACAGUGACAGAUGUGGACGGCAUGUGGAAGGAGCUGACGAAUGUUUUGUCAGGCAUUUUCUGCGCGUCGCUCAACUUCAUUGAUUCCACCAACACUGUUCAGCCCAGCGCUUCCUUCAAACCGCUGGGUAUAGACAACGUGACGGACCACCGGUUCCUUCGUUAUGCCACGCUUCCACGUGAAAUCGUUUGCACUGAGAAUUUGACGCCCUGGAAGAAACUUUUGCCAUGUGGCUCUAAGGCUGGCCUCUCUGUCCUGCUGAAGUCCGAGAAACUCUUCCACAGCAGUUUUCACUCCCAGGCAGUUCACAUCAGACCCGUGUGUCAGGACUCGGAGUGCAAAACCACAUCCUGGGAGCUGAGGCAGACGCUGAACGUGGUGUUUGACCUGCACACCUCUGGGCAGGGCAAACGGGAGUGGUCUCUGUUUAAGAUGUUCUCUCGCACAUUGACAGAAGCCUGUCCUCUGGCCUCCUCCAGUAAAAUCUAUAUUGACAUCACAGACAACCCUGAGGGAGAGCUGUUUGAGCUGACACCAGCGACUCCCCUGCUGAGCCAGGCAGUGCUGAUGGGGGACAGACGGACCUUCUCAGUCUACGACCUGACCCAACAAAUCACCUUUGGCACCAUGCGUUCCCUUAACCUGCUGAUCCGCUGGAAAUCUAGUGAAGGUCACAUGCUGCGUCCUCUGCUCCACGCCGAGCGUUACGUGGCUGGUUAUGGGCUGCAAGCAGGAGAGAUUCACACACUCAUGUACAACAACCACCCGUACAGGUCUUUCCCUGUGCUGCUCCUGGACUCGGUGCCCUGGUAUCUCCGUCUCUAUGUCCAUACACUCACAGUCACCAGCAAAGGAAAAGACAACAAACCCAGUUACAUCCACUACCAACCAUCCAAGGACCGCGAGAGGCCCCACCUGCUGGAGAUGCUGAUCCAGCUUCCUCCCAACUGUGUAACUGAGGUCACAGUACAGUUUGAAAGGGCUUUGCUCAAAUGGACUGAAUAUACCCCUGAUCCCAAUCACGGUUUCUAUGUCGGAUCAUCUGUUGUCAGCUCUCUUGUACCGAGCAUCGUUGCCAUGGAUACUAACAGCAGCCUGGAACGGCCUCUUUUCAGCAACUUUUUUCCCUGUAAAGAGGAGUCCAGCUAUUUUGUGCGCAUCUACACGGAGCCACUUCUGGUCAACCUGCCAACGCCAGACUUCAGCAUGCCCUAUAACGUCAUCUGCCUUACCUGCACUGUGGUUGCCGUGGGCUACGGCUCCCUAUACAACCUGCUCACCAGAAGCUUCCAGAUAGAGGAGCCCAGCCCAGGACUGGCAAAGCGGCUAGCCAACAUCAUCCGCAAGAUGAGGGGCGUGCAGCCACUCUGAGGCCGGACAGGAAGGCCUUUAGAGAGGAAGUUCUCCUGCUGGAGGAACCAUGUGAUAUUCAGGGAAGGACUGAGCUAAACACUGGAUUGAAUGUUUUAGGAGUCAAACUGAAGGUUUUGUUUUUAAAUGGAGAAACGGCAACAAUGAUAUGUAAAAUUUGGUUGUAAGUAUAUGGAACCAAGUGAGAGCAGCAGCCAGUACUGGUAAUUCCACCAGAAGGUUUUGGUUUGUUUUUCUUGAGGGAAUGUUUGAAAACCAGAACUACACUACGUCCCAAUACGAUGGGAUUGCACCGGUCUGAAACUGCACUAUAAAUGGUCAUAGCUUGGAUGUGAAGGCCUUCGUGUCCCUGACCCACAGCUCGUCCCUCCAUGGGCGAAGUGACACUUGGUUAUUGGGUCAGAACCUUAGUUGUGAUGAAAUAUUUAAUAAGAAAUUUUGUGUUACAGCGAAUUAAACACAGAGGCUCAACUACUAAACACUCCCCCCUCCAUGGAUGCAUGCUUACUGUAAAUGUUAAUGCAGUUGUCUGCAGGCAAUAGAAAUUAAUUACUAGCUUUAAAAUAUAUAAUAAUUCAGCCAUCCGUUAUGUUCUCGGUCAGUCUGGAUGGAUAUUCUUUGGAAGCUUUACAGAGAUUCAAAUCGGGCCUGCUCUGUGUUCUGUCCGCCUGAGCGUCCAAGUGGUACAGGACGUGCAGCACUUUAAGUUAUUGCCUUUUCAAUAAACCUGGAAAUUUGCCAUUA